AUGUCGGCUGAACCUCUCUGGAAAACCAUCGCACGGCGCAAGCAGGCCGAGCGUGAAUCCCGAAUUCCCAAAGAGUGGCGUCUCUCUUCCCUCCCUCCAUCGAGCACCCUUGACGUACGCUCUAUUCCACGAACUUCAGGAAUUCUAAGCUCGAAAGAGCUCGAGAUUACUGAAACUCACGAUGCCACCUCCCUCGCACAAGCAAUCCGCUCCGGAAGCCUCACCGCGGAACAAGUUGCCGUUGCCUUCUGCAAACGCGCUGCUAUUGCCCAACAGGUCUGCAACUGUCUCACCGAGAUCUUCUUCGACGAUGCUAUUGCGCGAGCAAAAUACCUAGAUCGCGAAUACAAGAAGACGGGAAAGACAGUCGGCCUGCUACAUGGCGUACCAGUUUCGUUGAAGGAUAUGUUCAGGGUCAAGGGAUAUGAUGCAUCUAUUGGAAUUGCGAGUCUUGCAGAGAAACCAUCUAGAGAGAAUUCAGCCCUCGUAGAUAUUCUAUUAGCACAAGGGGCUGUUUUGUAUUGCAAAACAAACAUCCCGCAGACAUUGAUGGCCCUCGACUCUGACAACCAUAUUUUCGGCCGCACGCUGAAUCCCCGGGACAGGAGGGUCACAGCAGGAGGCAGCUCAGGCGGCGAGGGAGCUUUAGUAGCUAUGAGGGGAAGCCUCCUUGGUGUAGGCACUGAUAUUGGUGGUAGUAUCCGAAUCCCAGCAAUGUGCAAUGGUCUUUACGGCAUCAAACCAAGCGCAUAUCGAAUUCCCAACGCCGGACAGGAAAGUGGUACGAGACCAGGAGCGGCCAAAGUAGGCCUGGCUUCGAGUGCGGGUCCGAUUACUGUCAGCAUAAGAGACUGCGAAUUGUUUUUACAAGCAGUCUCUAAUUCCAAACCCUGGGAAACAGACCCUGGUGCUAUUUACGGGACCUGGGAAGAACAGGGAAGCUUAGGGGAAAAGCCAUUACUGGGUGUUAUUCGCACAGAUGGAUUGAUAACUCCUCUGCCUCCUGUUAGUAAGGUAGUAGACGAAGCUGUGCAAACACUUAGAAAAUCAGGUGUUGAAGUCCUCGAGAUUAAUGCCCCUGCUCUUAAGAAAUGUCAAUCUCUCGCCAACGGCUUCUUCGGAAUCGAUGGUGGGAACUUCAUGUUUGAUCUUCUAGAGAAGACUGGAGAGCCUUUGACAAACUGGCUUAGUACAAGACUACGUCGGAAAGAGCCAAUACAGCUUGACAAGUUGGUCGAGUUUCAUGCCAAGAAGACUGAGCUUGAGACGGAGAUGUUGAAAAUCUGGAAAGACCCGAAAACGGGACGGACGGAAGUUAUAUCUCAACACCAAGCUGUCGAUCCAAGUAGUGGCACCAAGGCUGCAAGAAAGGAGGUUGUAUCAGGCUAUGGCCUUGAUCGAUAA